AUGUUGCUGACCAUUCAGGCUGUGCUUGCUGUUAGAGAAGCGUUCGAGAGGAGAUCCUUAGAAACAACUACAAAAGAAUGCGGGGCAACAUUGACAAAUUGGCAUGACCUUCUCGUCGCGAAGAAGGGAAACCAGUUUCUGGACUGGUUUUCUGGAGAAGCAGGACGUAUUAACAGACAGGUUGUUGUUCCUGCGGUGCUCCUGGAGCCGAUUGGCGUCGCUACAUUCACAACUCCAUGGAACUUUCCCACGGCAAUGCUCGCAAGGCUGGAGCAGCCUUUGCCGCUGGUUGCGCAAUUGUAG